CGGUGUCCGAGAAUACUAAGCAAUAGGAAUAGCUGGGUCAUUAACCGUAAGAAGAAACAGAGUUAUAACAGUGGCGACGGGGAAAAAGGAAAACAAAUUCAAGAUGCCCAUAUCAGAUGACCAGCUUAACCGAAUACUACAACAGCAAGCACAACUUGAUGCACAAAUGAGGUUGUUAGAGACCCUGACUCAACAGCUUAACAUCCACUGCUCGAAUUCACAUGCUAUUUCAAGUACGUCUUGUGAUGCAGUCGCUAGCAGCAUCCCAGAAUUCAUCUAUGAUCCCGAAAGUGGAAAUACUUUUCUCACGUGGUUCAAACGUUGGGAAGAUACAUUUAGAACAGAAUUCUGUAACCAAGACGAUGCGUGGAAGACCCGAUUGUUGGUACGUAAGUUGGGAAGCAAUGAACAUGCACGUUUUGCUGACCAUAUAUUGCCAAAGUUACCUCGAGAGCUCAGUUUCGAGGAGACGGUAUUUCAGUUGUCAGAGAUAUUCGGCGAGUCAUCCUCGUUGUUUAGUAUUCGAUAUCGAUGUCUAAAUUUGGUGAAACGCGAAGCUGAUGAAUAUGGUGUUCUAGCAGACAUUGUCAACAGAGAAUGUGAACGUUUCAAGUUACGCUCGUUGACUGAUGACCAAUUUAAAUGCUUAAUAUUCAUCAAAGCUCUUCAGUCACCACAAGAUGCUGAGAUCAGGACGAGACUUUUAGCUCGACUGGAUCAAGACCCAAACGUCACACUCAGAACAUUGACAGAUGAGUGUAAGCGUCUACAAAGCAUCAGACACGACAACGAGUUGAUUGAACAGGUAAAUCCUAAUUUAACCUGCGGUAGUGUAAAUACUAUUACUAGGUUAAAAGUUCAGAAGCCGGUAACAACUCGUAACAAACCAAGGACUGCAUGCUGGUUAUGCGGUGAUUGGCAUUAUGCACGAUUCUGUCCAUUCAAGAAGCAUAAAUGUCAGGAGUGCAACAAACGUGGACAUAAAGAAGGUCAUUGUCCACCGAAGCGUACGUCUCAGCCUAAGAAGAAGCAUAAACGUCCUCGACAUGUGAAAUCAGCCGAGUCUAAAUCUCUUUCUCUGGUAGCUGCUUUUCAAACAAACUAUGACAUUCAGAGAAAGUAUGUUACCAUCCAGAUAAACGGCAUAUCAGCUCGUCUUCAAAUUGACACGGCAUCAGAUAUCACGUUAGUGUCUAGAGAAACGUAUAACUUGCUGGGUAAACCGCCAAUGAAGCCAUCUAAGAAAACGGCUAAAAACGCAUCAGGUGGUGUGCUAAAACUGGUUGGUGAAUUACAGUGUGAAUUUUCCUUCAAUGGAACUAACUGUACAGGAAUAUGUUACCUAACAGAACGGCCGAACCUUGAUCUUCUUGGUCUAGAUAUGCUAGACAAACUUGGAAUAAUGGAUAUACCAAUUAACAGUGUCUGUAACGUAUCGCGUUCAUCAUUGGACACCCCAGUACUUCCAAAGAAGACAGGUGAUAGGUUACUAGGAAAACCGAAAAGAAAAAUACGAACACAUUUCGAUGUCAUCCGUCCUGCGCCAGUUAAUGAACCCCAACGAAACCUAUCGAUGGAGAAUCAGUUCAACCGACAUCAUGGAGCACAAAGACAAUUGUUCACGGUGGGACAAAAAGUACUUGCUAUGGACUAUCGUGGGAAACAUCCUACAUGGACAGCUGGUCGGAUCUUGAAAAAGAAGGGGAGUGUGGUUUACGAGGUGUCAGUUGGCUCGGAAGUUUGGGUACGUCAUGCUAACCAAUUGAAAGCAACUUCGAUAGCCAGCAACAAGAUUCAAUAUCGAUUACCUCUUGAUGUUCUGCUAGACACCUUUGAAAUCAAAACACCGGGAAUAGACACAUCAGUUUCUGUGCAAGAAAAGAGUGAUACUUCUUUAUUGCCUAGACGAUGGACUAAUCGAAAGCACAGGCCAGUCACUCGGUUGCAGUUGGACCCUAGCACCAGAUCCUACGAAUCUGCUCAGAGGGGAGGUGUUAGCGGGACAUAGACUAGAUUAAAGCAUGCUCAAUGCAUGAUUGUUUUGGUGCACGCUGAUUGGCUGAUUCUUAUCCAAUCAGCACUAGUCGAUAGUCGGAGAAUACUCUGGAAUCUUCUUAUGUAAAAACUAUAAAUAUACCGACGUUUUCCCCUAUUGUGCUUCUGACUUGCUAUUUGGAAUAUAAUCUUUUUCCUGUUCAACCGUGUU